UCCCACCCGCGGAACGUGACGAGACUACAGUGGAAAAUCAAGGUCUCAGGACACAAAAAUUAAGGAAAAAUUCCUCUGUUUUUCCUUUCUUUCCACUAUUCCUUUCCACAUAUUUCUUCAACUUAUCAAAAUUCAUGCCUUGAUUUCCCAUCUAUUUCCUCCUCUUUAAUUCUUCCACCGUUGUAAUUCAGGGAAGAUCAGCUGCUGAAAGGAUGUGGUUUUGCUCCUCAUACGCCUUUCGAUAGUAAGGAUUGUCUGCCCCGAAGUGAUGCGAUGCUUGCUUGACUAAUACAACCCUCACACCGGAGUUCUGAGACUGUAUUUGUCGACCUCAACAAUUUCCUGGAGUCUUCGAUGGAUGAUGGUGGGCAUCGUGAAAAUGGAAGACUUAAAGCAGAUCAGUAUAGAACAGCUCAGGGCCAGCAUUUUCUGAAAACUUCUGUCAAUGAUGAUAAUUAUUGAGGAUUAUUGUUGCAGUGGCUGAUGCAUCAGCCAUCAAUGAAGCAGAUAAUGGCCAUUAUGGCUGAACGAGACGCAGCUAUUCAAGAAAGGAAUUUAGCACUUUCUGAGAAGAAGGCAGCUAUUGCUGAGAGAGAUAUGGCAUUCUUGCAGCGAGAUGCAGCGAUUGCUGAGCGAAAUAAUGCUAUAGCAGAACGUGAUAAUGCCAUAGCAAAUCUGCAGUAUCGAGAGAACUCCUUGGCAUCUGGCAAUAUAUCCUCUUGUCCUCCAGGGUUCCAUAUCUCACGUGGAGUGAAGCACAUGCAACAUCCACAGCAGCACGUUCACCAUCUGCCCCACAUUAGUGAAGUUCCUUAUAACUCAAGGGAAAUGCAUGCAAGUGAUGUCCUACCAGUGACGCCAGGUACCUCUGAAGCUGCAAAGUCAAGACAGGGUAAACGAGCAAAAGAGGCCAAGGUAAUUGCAUCUAACAAGAAGGCUACAAAGCCUCCAAAAAAGGUAAAACAAGAGAACGAGGACUCGGAUAAGCUUAUGUCUGGCAAGUCACAUGAGUGGAAGGGUGGACAAGAUGUGGGUGGUGCAGGUGAUGAUCUCAACAAACAGCUAGUGACAACGAAGUCUGAUUGGAAAGGUAAGGAUCUGGGGUUGAAUCAAGUUGUAUUUGAUGACUCGACUAUGGCACCGCCUGUUUGUUCCUGCACCGGAGUCCUAAGACAGUGCUAUAAAUGGGGAAACGGGGGAUGGCAAUCUUCAUGUUGCACAACCUCCUUGUCAAUGUAUCCUUUGCCGGCAGUUCCCAACAAAAGACAUGCCCGAAUCGGAGGCAGAAAGAUGAGUGGAAGCGCAUUCAACAAGCUGCUUACUCGGCUUGCAGCAGAAGGUUAUGAUUUGUCCAACCCUGUUGAUCUUAAGCACCACUGGGCCAAGCAUGGGACAAACCGCUACAUCACCAUCAAGUAGGUUGCUCAAGAUACCAAAUGCAAAUGGGAUGGUAUGGAGAAGUAGAGAAGAGUCAUCCAUGGCUCAUGUUUCUUUCGUUAGUCAUUGUAGCAGUGUAGGAAAAAUAAAUGAUCCGGAAAUAACUGUAGUAAGGAAUAGUAGUAGGUGGGUAAUGCCAACUUAAUUUCGGGUUUCCCUGGAAACGCCCCCUCUGAUAUGUCUCGAUCUUCCAUUAGCAAGCCUGGUAUUUGAAGAGAGGAGAAAGCAUCCAUCACCAUUGGCACAUCCAAGCUUGGAAAAAUGAUGGGGUUGUGAACUUGGCACUAUGUUGGCUGUAGCUCUCUACUUAAUUGUAAAAGUAUUGUACCUCAAACGUCUUGUUGUACUUGAAUCAAGUUUCAGUUUAUUAGCUUAA